AAGCAUCAGAAACAACUUUGAACACUUAUACAACGUUCAAUUCACUUGUUUGUAUUGGUAGCUACCAUUCACGAGUUCAACUAAACUGGCCCGUGGUAUUCAUCCAUUUCAAAAAAUGGCUGCGAAGGCGUUUUUCGAUAUUAAGGCGGUGAAGAGCGAUUGGAAGAAUUACUUUUGAGUUAUUCAAUGAUGUUCCAGAUACUACCAGGAACUUCCGCGAGUUGUGCACUCAUAAGAACAACUUUGGUUAUAAAGGUUCUGUUUUCCACCGCAUAAUCCCCGGCUUCAUGUGUCAAGGUGGUGAUUUCACUAAUGGCGAUGGCACGGGUGGUAAAAGUAUAUACGGAAAUAAAUUCAAAGAUGAGAACUUCAAUCACAAACACGAGGCGUUCUCACUUUCUAUGGCCAACGCUGGACCAAACACGAACGGUUCUCAAUUUUUCAUCACUACUGUCCCAUGUUCAUGGCUCGAUGGCAAACAUGUCGUUUUCGGUAAAGUCAUCAGUGGUCAAGACGUUGUCAAGAAAAUGGAGAGUUUAGGUUCCACAAGUGGAAAGCCGUCCAAAAAAAUCAUAGUUGAAGAUUGUGGAGAAUGUUAAAUAUCUGUUCUACCUAUGUAUGUUAUAAUUUAUGAAACUUAUCUGGCGUAUAUAAAAUCGUCGUCGCAGU